AUGCUUAAUGUUCUCAAAUAACUUUAAAAUGAAAUGACUUCAAAAGAUGAUUAAAUAAGAGCUAAAGCAACAAAAUAAUUUAGAGAAUAAUUAGAAUCAUUAUAAGUUCAACAAGAGGAAUCAGAAUUUCUAAUUGAGUUUUUCCUCCACAAAUUAAGUGAUCCUUAAUCCUUACUUGAUACAACAUACAUUUUAUUAACUUUAAGUAAAUCUUAAAAAUCUGUUCAUCCAUCCCUUAUGAAAAUGAUUUAGAACAAAUAAUUAAUUAUUCCUUCUUUAUCAAGAGAAGCAAGAAUCAAUUUUUAUUAAAUUUUUCUUAUUUAUCCUAUUACUUUUGAACUUGCUUCUGCAAUAUUAUAAAGUAUAGUAGGAGAAAAAGAUCCAAGAAAUAUUUUAGUUGCAUUUCAAUUAUGUGAUGCUAUUCUAUAAGAAAAAAAUAUUGGAAUUUAAUAUAAAAAAGAAAUUUUUGAGUUUUUAGAUUGCUAUUAUCCUAUAGAAUUUAAUGAAAGAGCAGAUCCAAGGUAAAAUAUAAUAUUUUUUUAGAUUCUAAAUUAAAAAAGGAGAAAUAGAAGAUAUUCUAAACAAAUGUCUUUUUAAUGAAAUUUUAAUAAAUGAUUCUAUUUUAUUACUUCAAGAUAAAAUUAUAUCAGCUUAUGAUCGAGCUUAAGGUUCAGCACUCAAAAGUGUUAUGUGGAUUAUCAAAUAUUAAAAUAACAUUACUACUUAAUUAAUUGAAGAAAUUUAUGAAUCUAUUUAAAAACUAACAGAACAAGUUAUAAUGGAUGAUGAUGUUAUAGAAUUAAUUCCUAUUACUUUAAUAGAAAUUUCUAAUAAUGAAAGGUUUUCUAAAGUAACCGCAAAAAUUAAAAGGAUUUCCUUAAAAACUAUAGAAGAAAUACCUGCAACUUAACAAGGGUUUAUUUACUUUAAUUUCUUAAAGCUUUACGUGAAAAAUCAUUAAGAAACUAUUUUUAAAGAAAUUGUUUAAAUAUUCAAUAAAAAGUUUGACACAAAAAAUAUUAAUGUAACUUAAAAAAGACUAGAGAACAUCAUUUCUACAAUAGCAGAAUAUAAAAAUAACAAUAGAGAAUUCUUUACUGAAUUAGAUAAUAAUGAAAAAUAAUAACUCUAUAAUUCCUUACAUUUGGGUAUAAAUCAUAAAAUUUAAAAUGUUUUCAUCCUUACCCUAAAAUGUCUUACUGAUAUUAUGAAGCAUUACGUAGAUUAAUAAAAUAAUUUAGAAACAAAUUUAUUUAGUCAAAUAAAUAACAGAGAGCUUAUAGAGUAAUAAUGCAUUUUAGAUUAUUUUGCUAAGAUUGGAAUUAUUGAUAAACAAAAAUAUUAAGAGUUAUUAUAAUUUUGGUCAUAAAAUAACUAGCUGCUUUAUUAAUAUAGUUUAUCAUGCUCUUUAUAUAAUAUUAAGGAUUAUUUUUCAUAAUUUACUUUAAGUUUAAUUUAAAAUUAGUAUUUAUAAAUUAAAUAAGAGUAAAUAUCUGCACUUCAAAACUAUUUAGAUAAUUCUAUUAUACCUUUUUUAGAUAGAUAAAAUUAGGCUGAAUUAGUCAUAAAUCAUAUAUAUAAUCCUUUAAAUAAGAAUAGAAAGAAUAAAUUAAUAAAAUAGUUAAUUAAAUUCUUGUUGAAAAAAUUUUCAAUUAGUUAAAAUAUAGUUAAAAAAAUUAACCUGGAGUUUAUCCUUAAUCUUGAAGAUGAAUAAUUAUAUUAUUAUAUUCCUUUAAUGGAUUAAGAAUUGAAUGAAAAUCUUAUCCAGUCGAUUAUAGAACUAAUUUAUAAAGAAGAUUUUAUUUAAUGUGAACAAUAAAUAAAUAGAAAAUAUGCAUACAAAUUUAUUUAGUAAAAAAAUAAUUCAAAAUUAUGCUAGCUCUUGUUUAUCAAAAUAUCAGAAAGAAUUAAAUUUAGAGUUUCCAUAAAUAAAUAUAAUGGAGAAACAAUUCAAUCAUUAUUAAUUAAAUCAGUUAUAAUUGUAUUUAGUAUUGCUCAGAUAACAAGUAAUUAAAUUUAAUCUAAUUUUUAGUUUGUUUUUAAUAAUAAAAAAGCCUUUGAAAAAAUAUAAGAAUUAGCUUAGAGUCAUCCUUAUAUGAUCACUCAAAUUAUAAAAAAUUAAGAAGUAUAAAAUAAAGAAACCUUACAAAAAUCUAUCAUCGAAAUAAUUAAAUAAUUAAAUCAUAAAUAAACAACAAAUUAUUUAAUAAAUUAAAUUGAUGAAGAAUUGAUUACUCAUUUAGCAAAUCUUGAAUUGUUGUAAUUACUAAUUGAGCAUUUCAAUGACAUAAAAAUUGAUAAAUUAAAAUAACUUACUUUAAUUGUGAAUUGGUGUAGUUAACUAAAGUUAAAAAUAAUUGAGUAAUUAGUCAAAGUAGAAACUAAUGAUAUUAAGGCAUUAUAUACAUUAAUUAAUAUUGUUAUGAAUAACUUUGAGGAAGCUAAAUAUAGUUUAGAUCUUUGUAAUAAAGGAAUAAAAUUAUUUAAAAGAUAUUUAAAUUAUCCAAAGAGAGUAGUUAGACAAGCUGCUUAAGAAGCAAUAAAUGAAUGGUGUAUAGUAUUUUGUAAAGGCUUAUGA